AGUCGCGCUGCCGCCGAAAGGUGCCUCUAAGCUCCUGGCCUCGCCGCUCCCCUUGGCGCCGCCAUCAUGGUUCGGAAGCUCAAAUUCCACGAGCAGAAGCUGCUGAAGCAGGUGGACUUUCUGAAUUGGGAGGUGACCGAUCACAACUUGCACGAGCUGCGUGUGCUGAGGCGUUACCGGCUCCAACGGCGCGAAGACUACACGCGCUACAACCAGCUGAGCCGGGCCGUGCGCGACUUAGCGCGGCGCCUGCGCGACCUGCCCGAGAACGACCCGUUUCGCGCGCGCUCCUCGGCCGCGCUGCUGGAGAAGCUGUACGCCAUGGGCCUGGUGCCCACGCGCGGCUCGCUCGAGCUCUGCGACUUCGUCACGGCCUCCUCCUUCUGCCGCCGCCGCCUCCCCACCGUCCUGCUCAAGCUGCGCAUGGCGCAGCACCUGCAGGCCGCCGUGGCCUUCGUGGAGCAGGGCCACGUGCGCAUUGGGCCGGACGUGGUCACGGACCCCGCCUUCCUCGUCACGCGCAGCAUGGAGGACUUCGUCACCUGGGUGGACUCGUCCAAGAUCAAGCGGCACGUGCUGGAGUACAAUGAGGAACGCGAUGACUUCGAUCUGGAAGCCUAGCGGGACCGGCGCUUCCCGUGGCCGCGUCUCGCUGGACGAUCCUCCUCAGAUGUGCGUCUCCUUAGUUUGCUGGGGAACCCAGAGAAGCGAAUCCGAAUGGACCUGCCCUCCCUGUGGGUGAGGCUUGACCAGCAGAUGCUGCUCAGAGCCCCGCAGAUGUGACAGUUUACGAAUCCCUUCCUGGAAUGAAUGUUUUGGCAGGGAAGUCACAAGACUUCCUGUUGAUAUUCCAGCCCCAGGAAAUACCACAGUAGAGGGCAGAAGUAUUUGCUUUCUGAGGGAAAUCAUCACCCUGUAGUUUGGCCAUCUAGCGGUUAGAAGUGGCGGCGUGGUUCCUGGAGAUGAU